GCUUCAUCUUGCAGUCAAUUCACACCGGAACCAUGGCAUCCCACCGCGCCGAUGCCAGUAAGCUUCUUGACAACCGCGGCUACACCGGCCCACUUGUCCGCGGCGUCAAUCCGGCUACUCUGUUCGAAAAGGCCGUGCGCGACCGCAUCACGGACUCCUACUACUGGAAAGAACAAUGCUUCGGGUUGAACUCAGCGACACUAUGCGAUCGUGCAGUUGAAAUGACCUCCAUCGGAGGAACAUAUGGUGUUGCCGAGAAGCCCACGCCGUUCCUCUGUCUCGCGUUUAAGAUGUUGCAACUGAACCCGGACCGGGAUACCGUACUGGAAUACCUGAAUUUCACCGAUCCAGUCAACGACGAAGAAGGGGAGCAGACGGCGACGGAGCAGGCCGAAAAUGGCGUGGUCAAGCAAAAAGGUGACUUCAAGUACCUGCGGGCUUUGGCGGCAUUUUACGUUCGGUUGACAUUCGAUGCGGUCGAUGUGUACAAAACAUUGGAACCGCUGCUUCUCGACUACCGGAAAUUGAAGCGGCGAGUGCGCGACUCGGUUGUCCUUACUUAUAUGGAUCAAUUUGUCGAUGAUCUUCUCACCAAGGAUCGUGUGUGUGGUACGAGUUUGUGGAAGUUGCCUCCUCGGCAACAGUUGGAGGAUUUGGAUCUUUUGGAGGAAAGAGAACACGAGGAAGGGCAAGCUAGUGAUGCACUGUCUGCUAGUGAUGCCAAUGAUGAUUGAGACUGCAGCCGGCUUGCUUUGAACGUCUUCUUCGCUCAAACCAAAUUAUACCUUUGUGCUGAGCUUCCAUUACCGACUCGGUCUCGAAAACUACGACUCCCUGUGCAAAUUCACGACGGUCUUUCAUAAGCAGCCGUGACCAUCGAGAUUCCCUCACCUUUUCAACAGGUGUGGUUCUCGCUCGACCC